GAGAGACGGAGGGGGGGAACUCUUGCUGGAGCCGCAGCUUUAGAAGGAAGAGGCCGGACGCUGGGACGUCGGGUAAACGUGGUCCCUGCACUGACAGGCAUUCUACUCCACUGCUUCCCUCUGAGCGGACGGGCCGUCCAUCUUGGAACCUGGCUUAGUAAAGCCACAGGCUGGUUAUUUAUUAUUGUUUUACCAUAUGACUUAUUAAAGGCACACCUCCAUACAAGGUGUAUUACUUUUAUCACAAAACUACACAGCGCCUGGCUCCUGUUCAUACCGCCCAAAGAGAGA